AUGCGCCCCUAUACCCGUAUAGCUCGCUCUGUCUGCUCUUCACUCUUGUCAUCUCAACGCCAACAGCCUCAGCUGCAUUCUUCACUGCGCAAAGUCCUCCACCAGAACCAUCACAGAACCAUAAUGUCCGCCGCAGCAAAGCGCCUCGAAGGCAAGACGGUGCUCAUCACCGGUGCCUCGAGCGGUAUCGGCAAGAGCACGGCCUUUGAAUAUGCCCGUACGGCGCCCAAAAACCUCAAGCUCAUUCUCACAGCCCGCCGCAUCGACACCCUCAAGGAGGUCGCCGCCGAAAUCCAAAAGGAGGUCGGCAGCGGCGUCAAGAUCCACCCCGUCAAGCUGGACGUCAGCAACCCCGAGGAGGUCCGCCAGCUGGUGCCUAAUCUGCCCGAGGAGUUCAAGGAUAUUCACAUCCUCGUGAACAAUGCCGGCCUCGUCAAGGGAGUUGCCAAGGCUCCCGAGAUCGCUGAGGAGGAUAUCAACGUCAUGUUCGCUACCAACGUCACCGGCCUCAUCAAUGUGACGCAGGCCAUUCUCCCCAUCUUCAAGGCGCGCCCCGAUGGCGGCUCAGGAGACAUUAUCAACAUUGGCUCCAUUGCUGGUCGUGAGCCGUACCCCGGUGGCUCAAUCUACUGCGCGACCAAGGCCGCCGUGCGCAGUUUCACCGAUAGCUUGAGAAAGGAGCUAAUUGCGACUCGCAUCCGCGUCAUUGGUAUUGACCCCGGCCAGGUCGAGACUGAAUUCUCCGUCGUCCGCUUUUACGGUGACAAGUCCAAGGCCGACGCUGUUUACGCCGGGUGUGAGCCUCUCACCCCUGAAGAUAUCGCAGAGGUUGUCGUCUUUACGACUACUAGGAGAGAGAACGUUGUCGUCGCAGACACGCUCAUCUUCCCUCAACACCAGGCGAGGUGCCGCCGGCCUUCUCCACCGCAAGUCUUGAAGGGGAGGCCCUCGGUUAUCGAUUAA